AUGACCCUUCUUUCCCUGGUGGUCCCCAUUUUAGCCCUGAGCGUUGCGGCUGUGGCUCCCCCAUGGACAGCAUCUGACGCGCUCAAUGCCAUAGGACAAAGCCUCGACGAGGGAGACUAUCCGUCGUUUCUACUCAAGGUCAAGGGGAGGAUCCAAUCGCACUCCGUCCCCGAGAUCGUGACUGCCCUACCUAUCCCCGAGGAAAGCGUUGUCGAAGACCUCGUUGGCAUCAUUUCUAGAUCCGAGUUUCUUAGUGGUUUCGUAUAUCCCCGAAAUAGACGUCGUGAUCUCGAAUCAGAAGAAAAUAGCGACUGGAACUUGCUCCCCCAACCGGUGCAAGAGUGUUUUCAAGCCUUCCUCGACGAUCUCACUGAGGUGUUUCUCCGCACGUCAACACUCCAACAUGAGCCUAGUAUGGAGGAUCUCGUCCCGGAGGCUCUUCCUCAUCUCUUAGAAAGGCAGCUCAAACGGAGAUCCGCCUUCGGAGAGUCCGUGGGAGAAGAGUCGAACGAGCGAAAGACAGGCGACGGAGAACACGUCAACCCCGACAGCUUCGCGUACGUGAUGCUGGACGAGCUACCCGACGAGUUAGCCGAUGACGAGUUUAUGGCGUAUCCUCCUCGUCCCCAUGGCCGUUCGCUCACAAGCAACCUGCCAGAGGUGGGAGCUCGCGCGGCCUACUUGGCUCGUCGAUCCGCCGUGUCCUGGAUCGACUACCUCAUCCAGGAGAGCAACAAACUCAAGAACAGCGCUACCAUGACCCUGGUUUUGGUUGACAUCAAGGAGCAAAUACUGCAUCUCCAGCCUCAAGAUUUCAGACGUGAUACUCGUGGGUUGUUUUCGGAUUGGGGCGUUGCAGAGAACGAGUUCGAAUCGGCAUUAUUCGCUUUGAGGCACAGAUCGAAGUUGGUAGAUAAUCUGCUGUCUGCAUUGCACGACGUAGGUGUUGAGUGA